AUGAGUGAAGGCAAUGCACCGACGCUUCCCGCCAAUGGAGACAACUUUCAAGUAUCGAGUGGCGUCAGGACUGGACAAGAAAGGGGACGCUUUCCAGGUCAACACGCUGAUGUACUUCAUGGGAGAGGAUGCGGAGGACAUUUUGAAUGCUUCUCCAUUGACAUCGGAUCAGAAACGGAACUAUGCUGCGGUGAUAAAAAGUUUCAGAGAUUAUUUUGUUGGGAGACUGUCAUAUUCGAGCGUGCGCAGUUUAAUGUACGGAAACAGGAGCCUGGGAGCGGGCAGCAGUCUGUAACUGGAGUGGAAAGUGCAGAUGAUGGCAACAGUUAUUGGCAAAUAAGAGGAAAGCCCGAUCACCUUUGCCAGCGUGGGACAGCAAUUAAAUGUGGUCAAGCAAUACGCUUUACACACAUGAAGACUGGUCGCAACCUUCAUACACAUCACUUCAGCUCACCAUUGUCUAAUAAUCAGGAAGUCAGUGCAUUUGGGGAGAAUGGUGAGGGCGAUGACCUGGACGUUUGGACAGUGCAGUGUGAUGGCACAUACUGGGAGCGCAAUGAUGUUGUGCGAUUCAAACACAUGGGUACCAAUAUUUUCUUGAGUGUGACGGGGGAGCAGUAUGGUCACCCCAUACGUGGCCAACGGGAAGUACAUGGCAUGACCUCACCCAGCCAUCAUAACUGGUGGAGAGUAAUGGAGGGUGUCUUCAUCCAGCCAAGUCAGGAUCUACGACGUCACGAUGAACUCUGAAAUCUGAACUUGGUCAGAGUG